AUGGCUCCAAGGAUCCAUAUCAAACCACAGCAAGUGCGGACAGAAUCUUGCACUCUGAAUAUCCUGGUUGCUGGUGCAGGGCUUGCCGGGUUGGGCGCCGCCAUAAGCUGUCUUCUCGCCGGUCACAAUGUGCACGUUUUGGAAGCGGCCUCCGAGAUUCGAGAAGUAGGAGCUGGGAUUCAAGUUCUUCCUAACAGCUCACGAGUACUGCAACACUGGGGACUAGAGGAGAAACUCUCAGCGCACUGGAUAAAGCCCCGAUGGUGUCACUUUAAUGGUUGGAGGGGGAAUCACAUAUCUUCUAUGGAUUUUGAAGAGUCACAGAGCCACUAUCCAGGAACGUGGUAUCGCUGUUUUCAUCGGCCUAAGUUGCAGAAGACUUUGAUUCGCCGAGUUGAAGAGCUUGGCGGCAUGAUAACCUGCAAUGCUAAGGCUGUGGACGUACUUAUUAGUCCGGAUGGAGCGACAACCACUGUUCGCACUGUGGACGGCAGGAAGUGGACAGGUGAUUUUCUAAUCGGUGCCGAUGGUGUAUUUGGGAACCUGACGGAACGCUUCCUGGGACGUCCGGAUCCGCCAGUGAAGACAGGGGAUUUGGCAUAUCGACUUCUGCUUUCUGUUCCAGACAUGAUGAAAGAUCCUGAGUUGCGCCCACUCAUAGCCGAUCCUCAAAUCAACUACUGGCUCGGCCCUGACAAGCAUAUCGUUAACUAUGUACUUAACAAAGAAUUGUUCAAUAUGGUUCUUCUGGUGCCUGAUGAUAUCCCGGAAGACUCCUUGGCAACAACUGUGCAAGGGAAUGUUGAGGAGAUGCGUUCCAUAUUCAAGGGAUGGGAUCCUCGUAUCGAAAAGCUGUUGAAUCUUUGCACAUCAGUCCACAAAUGGAGGCUUUGCAUCAGAUUCGGUGAUUACGAAUGGUCACACCCGUCAGGGUCAUGGGUGAUGCUUGGAGAUGCGGUCCACGCAACCUUGCCCUAUCUAGCAGCAGGAGCGGGGAUGGCAUUCGAAGAUGGAGCGGUUCUUGGAGAAUGUCUUUCCCGUCUUCCAAAUGAUCCCCAAACCAGUAAAUCAUCUAGGGGGUUUCUGGAAGCCAAGUGUCAUGCUCUUGAGGUUUUUCAGAGAUGCCGAAAGGACCGAACCCACAUGGUCAUCAAAAGAUCACACAGACAGAGAUAUUUGGAACAUAUGCCAGAUGGCCCUGAACAAGAGGCGCGUGACAGGGAAAUGCAGAUAUUUCCCACGCCUCAGGGCGAGGCGAUGGUUUGGCGGGACCCUGGGACCGCUCCAGAGCUGUUGGGGUAUGAUCAUAUCGCCGAUGUUGAUAAACAUUGGAGCAUUGGCUCUCAAGCCAUAAAAAAUGGGACACCAAUGGAAGCUCGUCUUUAG